AUGGCUGACGGCCUAAACGAUGCACGAGCCAUGAGAAUCGCCGAACUGAUCAAUGACUACCGAACCCUUCAACUCCAUAUCUCCCAGCAACUGGCCUCGGUGGCUAUGGGAGACGUGCAGCAGGAAGGAUUCCGAAUCCUUGCACAAAGCUCCACGGCAGCACAACGUCUACUGGCGGCCGGUUUUACGGGCAUGCCCAUUGAGGACCAGGGAAGUAACCCCGAGAUGGAAAAGGCUCAGCUACGCCAAGUCGUCCUCGACGCCAGUGGUCGUCGCUUUCAAGCACACAGAAUCUAUCUCCGCGUUGCUGCUGCGAAGAGAUGGGCAAUCAAUCGCCAGGACCUCAUUUCUCGUUUUGGAAAAGCGAGUACGACGCAGUUACGAGAAAUUGAUCAAAUAUUGCGCCAAGAAUUGAACAGCAUCACCGAUCACAGCAUCUUCUCAGAUCUCCGACAAGCAGACACAAGAGCAGGCCUCUGGGUGGCCGAGGAUCCUCCGCUAGCGGCGAUCCAACUCUGGGAGAACUCUCGACGGACCUGA